AUGGCCGAACGGAAGACCAGAAUGGCCGGAGUCAUACUGACAGCAAUCUUCGUCUACAGCUGCUUUUUAGAACGGAUCCUUGUCGAUGGCUACAAGUUGGAACAAAGCCCGUCACUCAGGAGACGACACAGUACUUUAUCCUGUCGUUCGAUCUGUGACAACUGUGGGUGUGUGGGAAAUUACUCGCCGGAAUCCAACCAGUGUGUUUGCAACUGUGACGAAGCCGCCAAUAGUGAUCUAGGAUCAACUACAACAGAAGGUUCAACAUCUACUACUGAACCGACGACUGCAACGACAACAGGAUCAACUACAACGGAAGGUUCUACUACUGAAUCAACGACAGCAACGACUACAGAAUCCACUACAACAGAAGGUUCCACUACUGAAUCAACGACAGCAACGACUAAAGGGUCAACUACAACAGAAGAAUCGACAACAGGAUCAUCCACAACAUCGACUACUGAAUCGACGACACCAACGUCGACACCAACGACGACACCAACGACUACACCAACGACGACACCAACGACGACAGCGACGACAACAGGAUCGACUACAACAGAAGGUUCUACUACAGAAUCGACAACUGGAUCAUCCAUAACAUCGACUACUGAAUCGACGACACCGACGUCGACACCAACGAUGACACCAACGACGACACCAACGACGAAACCAACGACGACACCAACGACGACACCAACGACUACAGGAUCAACUACAACAGAAGGAUCAACUACAACAGAAGGUUCAACAUCCACUAUUGAAUCGACGACUGCAACAACAACAGGAUCAACUACAACGGAAGGCUCUUCUACUGAAUCAACGACAGCAACGACAACAGGAGCAACUACAACAGAAAGUUCUACUACAGAAUCGACAACAGGAUCAUCUACAACAACGACUACUGAAUCUACGACACCAACGUCGACACCAACGACGACACCAACGACGACACCAACAACGACACCAACGACGACACCAACGACUACAGGAUCAACUACAACAGAAGGUUCUACUACUGAAUCGACAACAGGAUCCUCUACAACAUCAACAACUGAAUCAACAACAGAAACGACAACAGAAUCAACUACAACAGAAGGAUCAACUACAACAGAAGGUUCUGCUACUGAAUCGACAACAGGAUCCUCUACAACAUCGACAACUGAAUCAACAACAGAAACGACAACAGGAUCAACUACAACAGAAGGUUCAACAUCCACUACUGAAUCGACGACUGCACCAACAACAGGAUCAACUACAACAGAAGGUUCUACUACUGAAUCGACAACAGGAUCCUCUACAACAUCGACAACUGAAUCAACAACAGAAACGACAACAGGGUCAACUACAACAGAAGGAUCAACUACAACAGAAGGUUCUACUACUGAAUCGACAACAGGAUCCUCUACAACAUCGACAACUGAAUCAACAACAGAAACGACAACAGGAUCAACUACAACAGAAGGUUCAACAUCCACUACUGAAUCGACGACUGCAACAACAACAGGAUCAACUACAACAGAAGGUUCUACUACUGAAUCGACAAAAGGAUCCUCUACAACAUCGACAACUGAAUCAACAACAGAAACGACAACAGGGUCAACUACAACAGAAGGAUCAACUACAACAGAACGUUCUACUACUGAAUCGACAACAGGAUCCUCUACAACAUCGACAACUAAAUCAACAACAGAAACGACAACAGGAUCAACUACAACAGAAGGUUCUACUACUGAAUCGACAACAGGAUCCUCCACAACAUCAACAACUGAAUCAACAACAGAAACGACAACAGAAUCAACUACAACAGAAGGUUCAACAUCUACUACUGAAUCGACGACUGCGACGACAACAGGAUCAACUACAACAGAAGGAUCCUCUACAACAUCAACAACUGAAUCAACAACAGAAACGACAACAGAAUCAACUACAACAGAAGGUUCAACAUCUACUACUGAAUCGACGACUGCGACGACAACAGGAUCAACUACAACAGAAGGUUCUUCUACUAAAUCGACAACAGCAGCUACAACAGAUAGUUCUACUACAGAAGCGACAACAGGAUCAUCUACAACAUCGACUACUGAAUCGACGACUGCAACAACAACAGGAUCAACUACAACGAAAGGUUCUUCUACUGAAUCAACGACAGAUCAACUACAACAGAAGGUUCAACAUCCACUAUUGAAUCGACGACUGCAACAACAACAGGAUCAACUACAACGGAAGGCUCUUCUACUGAAUCAACGACAGCAACGACAACAGGAGCAAUUACAACAGAAGGUUCACUACAGAAUCGACAACAGGAUCAUCUACAACAUCGACUACUGA